GGUGGUGAUACGUGUGAGUAUCUUCUGUCCAGUGGGAGAUUUCUUGGAGGAAAAGUAUGGCAACCCCACAGUUGUAUGAUGCAUAAGUAUAAAAACAGUGAAGCAAAAAAUUGCCUCAUAGACAAACAUAUUGUGUUUAUAGGAGAUUCUAGAAUUCGACAGCUGUUCUAUUCAUUUAUAAAACUCAUAAAUCCUCAAGUCAAAGAAGAAGGAAAUAAGCAUGGAAAUAUCCCAUUUGAAGAUAAAUCUGCUUCAAUUAAAGUGGAUUUCCUGUGGUAUCCAGAAGUUAACAGCUCUAUGAGGCAACGUAUCAAAUCUUGGACUGAGGGUUCUGUGGCAAAACCUCAUAUAAUUGUAGCAGGAGCUGCCACGUGGUCUAUCAAGAUUCACAAUGGCAGCAACGAAGCCCUCGCACAAUAUAAAAUCAAUAUCACCUCAAUUGCACCUCUUUUGGAGAAAUUAGCAAAAAGUAGUGAUGUUUACUGGGUCUUACAAGAUCCUGUUUAUGAAGAUAUGCUGAGUGAAAGUCGGAAAAUGAUCACUAAUGAGAAAAUAGAUGCUUAUAACGAAGCAGCUGUUCGUAUUCUGAACAGCAGCUCCCGCAAUUCCAAAGCUAAAGUUAAAGUGUUCAGUGUAUCAAAACUGAUAGCACAAGAAACUAUCGUGAAGUCUGCAGAUGGCCUGCAUCUCCCUGAAUCAAGCAGAGAUACAAACGCGAUGAUUCUUAUGAAUGUCUACUGCAAUAAGAUAAUGAAGCCCAUUGAUGGCUCCUGCUGCCAGCCUCAGCCUCCUCUUACUCUGAUACAGAAGUUAGCUUUCUGUUUCUUUACUUUGUCCAUUAUUGGAUAUUUAAUUAUCAAUUUAAUUCAUCGGAAUAAUUAUCGGAAGAACAAACCGUGCACUGAUUUGGAAGGUGGAGAGGAGAAGAAACCUGCCAUCAGCACUCCUAAUGUUUCUACUUUAGAGAUGCUCUUACACUCCUUCUGCAAACUUGGUCUAAUCAUGACCUAUUUUUAUCUAUGUGACAGAGCAAAUCUUUUCAUGAAGGAAAAUAAAUUUUAUACGCAUUCAUCUUUCUUCAUACCAAUUGUCUAUAUCUUGGUUUUGGGGGUAUUUUAUACCGAAAAUACCAAAGAGACUAAAGUGUUAAAUAGAGAACAGACUGAUGAAUGGAAGGGCUGGAUGCAACUUGUUAUUUUGAUUUAUCAUAUCUCUGGAGCAAGCACUUUUUUGCCUGUGUACAUGCACAUUCGAGUUCUGGUUGCUGCAUAUCUGUUCCAAACAGGUUAUGGGCACUUCUCAUAUUUUUGGAUAAAAGGGGACUUUGGUGUAUACAGAGUGUGUCAGGUUUUAUUUCGUCUCAAUUUCUUGGUUGUGGUACUGUGCAUAGUGAUGGACCGACCUUACCAGUUCUACUACUUUGUGCCGUUAGUCACUGUCUGGUUUAUGAUCAUUUAUGCCACCUUAGCUAUGUGGCCUCAGAUAGUUCAGAAGAAAACAAAUGGGAACUGCUUAUGGCACUUUGGUUUACUGCUGAAACUGAUUUGCUUACUGACAUGCAUAUAUUUUCUGUCAUAUUCUCAGGGCGCAUUUGAGAAGAUAUUUUCUUUCUGGCCACUGUCCAAGUGUUUUGAACUGAAUGGGAAUGUCUAUGAAUGGUGGUUUAGGUGGAAGUUGGAUCGCUAUGUAGUUUUUCAUGGGAUGCUGUUUGCUUUUAUUUAUCUGGCAUUGCAGAAACAUCAGAUGAUAUCAGAAGGAAAGGGAGAUCCUCUUUUCUCCAACAGAGUUUCAAAUGUGUUAUUAUUUAUUUCAGUUGUUUCCUUUUUGACCUACUCUGUUUGGGCUAGUAGCUGUAAAAACAAGACAGAGUGCAAUGAACUACAUCCUUCUGUUUCUGUGGUGCAGAUUUUAGCUUUCAUCCUUAUCAGGAACAUUCCUGGAUAUGUCCGAUCUGUGUAUAGCUCAUUCUUUGCCUGGUUUGGCAAAAUUUCUCUAGAGCUUUUCAUUUGCCAGUACCAUAUUUGGCUGGCAGCAGACACAAAGGGGAUCUUGGUGCUCAUUCCUGGAUAUCCGAUGUUUAAUGUUCUUGUCAGCACUUUUAUAUUUGUGUGUGUGGCACAUGAAAUUUCUCAGAUCACUAAUGAUCUAGCACAGAUUGUGGUUCCUAAAGAUAACUCAACCCUGCUGAAAAGGUUGCUAUGCAUAGCUGGAUUUUUUUCUGGACUACUCAUCUUCUCAGCAAUGCAAGAUCAGUCAAGGCAUUAACUUGAAAAGAUUCUUUGAAAUUUUCUUCGGGUUUACCUUGUGGCUGCCUGGAGGUACAAGAAGACAUUUAAAUUAAGUGUGUGGAAAAUGUA